UCUCUUCUCUCCGCACUACCUUCCACUUCUCCAUUUUGCCAUUCUCCCCAGAACUUUCUUCUUCUUCUUCUCUCAGAAACAAAGUUGCACACAAGCGGUGCCACAACCUUAUUCUUCUGCAUUUCUUUUAGUCUCUCAGAAACAAACUUCAAGAAUCCCAAAAACGUUUAACCCAAAAAAAACACAAUCUUCUUGAUGCUGUUUGGGUGCUGAGAAAGUGUGGGAAAGCAAAGGGAAAUAGGUUUUUUUUUUUCUUAUUUUGGGAUUACAGACCUGGUAAUUGUCAAUGUUUGAGGGUUGAACUCUGAUGAAUUAGGAUUUGAAACAGGGAAGAGCAGGGAGGUUUCUGUCAGUUCUUUUUCCCUUUUGGCACUCUUAUUAUUCUGGGCUUGUAUCACAAAUUACAAUGUCGGUGACAGCAGGUGUUAGUGAUACUAUAAUUGCCAUUAGGGAUAAGCUUAGGGGAAAAAUUGGGCAAACAAAAGUUAAAAGGUAUUGGCCUGGUAGAGCACCUGAAUGGGCUGAUGAUGCCCAUGAAGAUGGAGAUGUUCAGAUGGAUAGAGUGGUCGCUCUGGAACAAGCGUUCCCGAGUCAGGAAGACUCAAAUAUUGUUAGGAAGGAUGAUGCUAGGCUGCGUCGCUUGGCUCAGAGUAGGAUAGAUAAUCGUGAGGAAGUGAGAGCUGAUCACCGGCGCAUUCGACAAGCUGAGAUUGUUUCAACAAUUGAAGAGGAAGCUAGAAGGCAGGAAAAGUUAGAUAUGGAGGAAGAUGAUGCAGAUGCUUUAGAGGAAAGGAGAAGAAGAAUUAGGGAGAAGUUGCUUCAGGAGCAGGAAGAGGCUGCAUUUCUGGAAGAAGAGGAGGAGGAGGUAGAGGAGGAGGAGGAGGAGGAAGAGGAAUCUGAAUAUGAGACCAACUCGGAGGAAGAACAUGUGGGUAUUGCAAUGGUUAAGCCUGUCUUUGUUCCCAAGUCAGAGAGGGAUACCAUUGCUGAGCGGGAACGUCUUGAGGCUGAGGAACGGGCCCUUGAGGAAUCAAAGAAGAAGAGAUUGGAGGAGAGGAAGAUGCAGACCAAGCAGAUUGUGGUUGAGGAGAUCCGAAAGGAUGAAGAGAUUCAUAAGAAUUUGGAAAUGGAGGCAAAUAUUGCUGAUGUAGAUACUGAUGAUGAAAUUAAUGAGGCAGAGGAGUAUGAAGCUUGGAAGGUGAGGGAGAUUGCUAGGAUCAAGAGGGAUAGGGAGGACCGUGAGUCAAUGUUGAAGGAGAAGGAAGAGAUUGAGAGGGUGAGAAACAUGACGGAGGAAGAGAGGAGGGAGUGGGAGAGGAAGAAUCCAAAACCUGCUCCACCACCAAAGCAGAAAUGGAGGUUCAUGCAGAAAUAUUACCACAAGGGUGUAUUCUUCCAGUCAAAUGCUGAUGACACUGCUGCAACUGCUGGAUCAGAUAAUAUUUACACUCGGGAUUUCUCUGCCCCAACUGGAGAAGAUAAGAUGGACAAGACAAUAUUGCCUAAGGUCAUGCAGGUCAAGCACUUUGGUCGUAGUGGAAGGACAAAAUGGACUCAUCUUGUCAAUGAGGAUACAACCGACUGGGACAACCCGUGGACAUACAAUGAUCCUCUACGCACAAAAUACAAUGCAAAAAUGGCUGGAAUGAAUGCACCUAUAGCGAAACCUAAAGGAAGCAAGAAAUUGAAGGAUUGGGAGUCUCGUUGAUUUUAGAGCACGUAUAGAAAGUAUUCCUGUAGCCUUUUUAUCAAUCAUCUUAUUGGAGAAUUGAAUAUGUAGGCUUGAUAGCCUCCUUUUGUACUAAUUUUAGAAGCAGGCUAAGGCGGUUAUUAUGAAUUCAAAGCAACUAAGGCAGGUGAAGAUAGCUUGAGUUUUGUGGACAGAAAUGCACCUUAGAAUAUUUCAACAUGAGAUUACGAUUUGGUGACCUCAGAAAUACACAGGGAGGGGAAUAGACGUGUUUGAUCAUUUUGACUUGCAUUGUUUCAGUUUGUAGGAAAGCCACUUCAUUUGAAAUUGAGAUAAGUUAUUUUGAUUAAAAUUUUAUUUUUUGAAUUUAAGAGUGCACUGAUUGUCUUGUCAUUUAAAGUUUUAAAUGAUGGCAGUAGGAAUAUCUAAAUCAUGAAAUGGUUCUAUUUAAAUGGAGAUGAUCAUUUUUUGAAAGAAAACCACUGCCCACUAAGGAGUUUCUCCUUCUAAUCAUGAUGGAUAAGUGGAAAAACCAACUGUUAAGGUUCCGGUUAAUUAACCAAUUGAUUAAUCAUAUUUCUUUUAAGUUGUAUAUAACUGUUGUGCCUUUUCUAGUUCUCAGUUUAUGCAUCAUUAUUGAUUGCUGUUACUGGGUCUAACUGGUUUCAUUUUAUUUCUCUUUUCAUAUUUCAGGAAAAUGAGAUCGAAUUACCAAAAUGUUGUGAGGCCGCAGUCUGGUCAAUAGGAUAGCUUUGUCAAUCAGCUAAGAAGGUUGUGAUUACCCAAUGCCAAUAGCAAGGUCGUACAUGUAUCUUCCAUCAGAUAUAUUCAGAGUAUAAUUUAGAUGUUAUCAGGCCAGGAGCAUUCAAGAGAAAUUAGGCAUUGAGCCUGCUAGAAAAAAAUAAUCGGUUUAAUUAUCACUUUGGUGCUCAAUCUUUACCCUAUGUUUUAAAAUGGUUUUUAACCUUUUUAAAUGUCUCAUUUGAGUCCUUAACCUUUUAUUUUUGUGUCAAUAUAGUUCCUUUAACUUUUA